ACGAGAAUGAAUGAUAACGGGCCUGUUUACCGCCAAGAUAACGCUAGACCUUGCGCGGGGUAUACAAAAUGGCGGCCUCUCACCGGCAACCGGCCGGAAUACUCUUUGUAUUAAGCUCCUUGUUCCUGACAAUAAGUGGUGAAGUGCUCUUCAACAAAGGAACAAGCGAAGUGAGAAUAAACUUUCCUCUUACGAAAAUCCAGCUUCCGGAUGAUCUGAACUUUCCAUAUUUUGGUCAAAAGUAUCACACUUUAUAUAUAUCUAGGGACGGCUUUGUGUCGUUCUCUGAGUACGCACGAUACGUCAGCAGCCGGAAAUUCACAGAGCGGGAUUCCAAGAAUGUCAAUGCGGCCGAAGAUUACCCUUUUAUUGCCCCAUUUUAUUAUGGAGGCGCAGACCUUGGAUCUACCUUGACUGGGAACAGUUUGUACAAAGGAAAAAUAUUCUACAACGUUCUCAUGAAGGGUAAUCCUAGAGGCCAGCGGGAACUGAGGGAAAUUGGGAGAAAUGUUAGUUCGUCCAUUCCAGGGGUCAGCAGUUUUGAUCCUACCUAUGCUCUUGUUGUCACGUGGGAAAAGGUUACGGACCAAUACAACACCGGUAUCUUAAAGUGUACAGACGAGCCGGGAAGAAUGUGUCAGGACAACACAUUCCAAGCCGUCAUUACGACUGAUGGAAAGCAGAGCUUUGCAAUUUUUAACUAUCAAGAGAUGAACAUCCAGUUGCCACCCAGAGAUUCAAACUAUCAGGCCGGAUUUAAUGGUGGCUUUGGACGUGGUUGGAGUUCCGCCAUAGCCUUACAGCGCGUGCGCAACAUUACCCAGUACCAGGCGAGUGACCGACUUGGGCGGUAUAUCUACCAGAUUAAUGAGGAGCGGAUCAUUACGGGUGGAUGUAAUAAUCCCGAUGGAAUAUUGGAGGCGGUUCCUAAUUUUGCUGGGUUACUAGGUGGGAAAGUUGUGGAAGUUACCGGUCCUUGUUUCUUGUCUGGUAGGUCUUACUCUCUAGUCUUCGGAAAUUCCCAGAGAGAGAAAUCCGAGAACUGUAUCACAGAAGACUAUGGGAAUACAAUGAUGAAGGUUCGCUGUGAGAUACCCAUGUUAACAGAACGGGGACAAGUGCCCGUUUUCAUGAAGGCAAACGACGGUAAAAUGGAAUAUAACACCACGAUUACAAUUGUUAUGCCUAAUGUGCUGCCACCAGAAGAUUACGUACAACUCGUUGACAGCGGUCCUGGCUCUCGAUGGAACGAAACAUCAGCUUCGUCAUUACGUCUUCAGUGGAACUCUCGCGUGCUAUCCAACCAUUCAAACGCUAAAGUUAAAAUCACACUUCGAGGCUACAGAGAAGACAGGAAAUCAUGGGACUUAACAAUACCUUUGAAAACAGAGUCCAUCCCUAACAGUGUCCAAGGAUUCCAGUUCAACCCGCAGGAUGUUAAUUGUGAUGAAAAUUGUCAAAAUUAUGAAGUUGGUGUUAUAGAAGUUAAACUAGAUGACCCGAGAAUGGCAAACAAAUACCGAACCUUAAGAAGUCGGCCAACUCCUCUAGCAUGGCUGAUAAACAAGGCAAUGGUAGCUAAGCAAGGUCAAUCUUGGUCGUCCAACAAAUGCCAAGCCUGGUAUGCAAAGGACAUGAUGGACACGUCCUGGCUACGGUCUCUCCCGGCAUGCCCUUGUAAUCUGCACCAGGCUCUUGUUGACUUCGGAAGGUGGCAAAAGGACCCAGUCUGUCAUCUUGACAGUAGAACCCCAGACAAUUGCGCUCUUCACUUUACCGCUGUUCACUGCGUACGAUCAGUGAGACCAAACAAUUAUGGCGCAGGCAACCAGUGUUGCUAUAGAGCUGAUGGAACACUCAUUUACUCCGGAGACUCCUACCAGGGAAGCACUCCAGAUCGAAGUCAUUUAUGGGGCGCAGCACCGUACAACACACCAAACCUCGCACGGGCGAAGGUGCCUGCCAUGUCUCACUCAAUUCACGACAUUAUGCCAUUUUACUACUGUUGUCUCUUGACAAACGAUUGCGACAAAUACAUGUCUCUCCGUCCCACGAGAUCCUGUACAGAGUACUGGUCGCCCAAACAAGCCAUGGUGUACGGUCAAGGAAACGUGCGAAUGUUCGAUAACACGUGGUACUAUGUCUGUGGAGAGGGAGACUUCAUUUUACUUCAGUCAACUAUGCUAACAAUUGAAGGCCGAUUCCAGAAGUCUCCGUUUAGCCCUAACUACAAUUCCACAAUAUUAACUGAUGUUGGUAUCCGAGCCGGAAAUGACGUCAUCGAGGUUAAGAUGAAAGGUCCAAACGCAGAUCGAUCGAAACGUGUUCUAGAUGUACUUGUAAAUGGAGAAUACCAGUUUUUUGAUAAUGGGCCACUACGGAGGAGAGAUUUCACGGAUGCGGUACUUAUAAAUAGUGAUGACCCUUCAAACACCAUGGAAAGUAACGUGACAGUUGUCACAAACAGUGGGGUGGGCAUUCAAGUGGCGGAAAAGGACCAGAGGUUAUGCCUACUUGUUAUGAUUCCCCCAAAGUUUGUAAGUAACGGUUUACUCGGCAACUGGAAUAAUAAUUCGGACGACGACCUGACACCCCGGGGCUCUAACUACCCGCUGCUAAACAGGAACCCUCAAACCAUCUACAGCCAGUUUGUAUUUUCAUGGGCUAUCACUAAAAACAAAGAUACGUCCACCAUCGUCCCCUUCCCUGUGUAUGCCACCAAUAAGACAACCAUGUGUUUCGAUCAUAAUCAGCCAAACUCUCAGUGUAAUGGCGACGCAGCUUGUAACCAUGACUACUGGACAACAAUGAAUAUGACCGUAGCUAUUGACACCUUGCGAAUGUCUGCUCAUCACCAAAGACUGCAGGAAAAUAGACAAGCUGAACGGUCCUGUGGCCUCAUAGAUGUCCCCAUGAGUAUCAAAAGCAACUAUAACUAUAGUUUGGGUAACAAGGUCACCUUGACCGGAUGUAGGAAGGGGACACUGUCCGGAACAAAGGAAUAUACUUGUGUCGCCACGGGCAAGGACCUGAGUACCCAGUCCUGGUCACCAGAGGUGACAGCAUCAUGCGGGGAAAUUGAGCAAGCUAACAUUGGAAUGAUCAUUGGGAUCGUGGUCGCCAUUGCAGUCAUCCUGAUUAUUGCUAUAGUCGUCGCCGUAGUUCUGAAGAAAAAGAGGAGCGGGUCGAUGAGAAGUAGAGAGAGGAAAAAGGAUACCAUGCAGGACGUUGAACAAUACAGCAAGGUAGCUCAAAGGGAACCAAAGCUUUAAGUUACCUCCAAGGACAUAAUAACGGCGCAUAAUAAAAGAGAACAAUCGUGCGGCUUAGACAGUUUGGCGUAUUUAUCUCAGGAGAAUUAGCUAUCAGACAAAAAGACGGGAAGAUAUGUGAAGUUUAUUCCAGUUUAUAUACAUUUCUUUAUUUAUCAUACUAACAUUGGACAAUUGUGUUGUGAAUUGAGAGAUGAUGUCAUAUUGUGCAUACAUAUUUAUACCCUUUUCAUUUUGCUCAUCCUUCGUGUUUAGAAAUCCUGUAUUCAUUAUGGACAGAAUUUAGAAAUACAUGUAUCUAUCAUCUUUGUAAACUUUUGCAAAUACUUAUGAAAAUAGCAAUCAACAACUAUCAGUUAUUAGCAAAUUGGAUAAAAAGAGUGGUUUAUGUAUGAAUUUGUGAAAUAUUCAGUCUCUUAAAAUAAGCAUUUUGUCUCAAAGGCGAUGCAUUUGUGUGUAAUUAUUUUAUGAACAAGAUUGUGCAUCAUGUACAUGAAGUACCAUUUUCAUUAAUGGGUGUUUGAUUGGAGUUGUUUGUCUGUAGCACUUAAUAUUCUGCAAGAGAUUGAGUUUCAUAAAUAACCGUGUAUAUGUAUGUUUCUCCUGUCUGUGUGUUGUAAUUUUUAUAGUUUUCUCGAUUCAAAAUACAAAAGAAAAUACUAAUAUACUGCUAGUUAUUUCUUAAACUGUUUACUUAUAAGACUAUGUAUGAUAAAAGCUACUCACUGAUAA